GAGAGAGAGAGAGAGAGGAUUUGUGGCAUGUAGUUUGUCAGCUGUCAUUAGACGCAGAUGACACACACACACACACACACACGGAGGUAAUCUCACAGAGGAAAGACGGGAAAUACAAAACGAGCGUGUGUUGUGUGCAGUGUGUGUUGUUGUGAGCAGUGUGUGUUGUGAGCAGUGUGUGUUGUGAGCACUGUGUGUUGUUGGCUUGUGUGAAAAGCAGUGCGUCCGCCCGGCCGGCCGGCCGGCAUGGGAUGGUGGGCCGGCUCUGGACUGGUUAUGGACUGGUUUGACCAAAGCAGAGGUGCUGAUAUUUGCUAAAGAUGAGUAGUGGGGGAGGGAACACCCCGGAGCCCCCCAGAGGGGGAGAGUCUCUGAAGAGGAAGGACUGCCAGUCAGACCUCCUGGGCCCCAGCCCCAAGAGGAGCACUGAGAGGAGGAACCGGGAGCAGGAGAACAAGUACAUCGAGGAGCUGGCCGAGCUGAUCUUCGCCAACAUCAACGACAUGGACGACCUCAACGUCAAGCCGGACAAAUGUGCCAUCCUCAAAGAGACGGUGAAGCAGAUCAGGCAGAUGAAGGAGCAGGAAAAAACUCCGGUGGCCGACACCGAGGAGGUGCAGAAGGCCGACGUCUCCUCCACGGGACAGGGUGUCAUCGAUAAAGACGCCCUCGGCCCCAUGAUGCUCGAGGCCCUUGACGGCUUCUUCUUCGUGGUCAACAUGGAGGGCAACAUAGUGUUCGUCUCGGAGAACGUCAGCCAGUAUCUGCGCUACCAGCAGGAGGAGCUGAUGAAUACCAGCGUCUACAGCGUGCUGCACGUUGGCGAUCACGGCGAGUUCGUCAAGAACCUCCUGCCCAAGAGCCUCGUCAAUCACCGCGGCAGUGAUUCGUCCAACAGGAACAGCCACACGUUCAACUGUCGCAUGUUGAUCAACCCUCACGUCGACGGUGAAGUGCGGCCACCGUCUGACCAGCAGGACGCGUCGCAGCAGAAGUACGAGACCAUGCAGUGUUUCGCCGUCUCCGAACCGAAGUCUAUCAAGGAAGAGGGAGAAGACUUCCAGUCGUGUCUCAUCUGUGUGGCAAGAAGAGUCCCCGUCAAAGAGAGACCCGUGAUGCCCACGUAUGAGAGCUUCACCACACGGCAGGACCUCCAAGGUAAGAUCACGUCCCUGGACACCAGUCUGCUCCGUGCGUCCAUGAAGCCGGGCUGGGAGGACCUGGUCCGGCGGUGCAUUCAGAGGUUUCACCUGCAGAACGACGGGGAGAUGUCCUUCGCCAAGAAACACCAGCAAGACGUGUUGAGGAACGGCCACGCGCUCAGCCCUCUGUACAGAUUCUCGCUGGCAGACGGCAACAUCGUCUCGGCUCACACCAAGAGCAAGCUGGUCCGAUCGACGGCAACCAACGAACCACAGCUCUACAUGUCGCUGCACAUCCUGCAGAGGGAGAACAUGGGUGGCAUGACCACAGACCAGAGCAUGGCCAAGCCAAUGACACCAACCAGUGCGAGCGCUCCCUCUCCUUCUCCCGACGCCGGUGUCACCAGCAACAUGCUCCACACCACCAUGACCUCUGGACGUGGUUUUGGGGCCGUACCGGGUCGGGCAGCCACGCCUCAGGGAAACAGCCACGCACUCAAGCUGGGCAGCCCUUCAGCUCAGGGAAGCCCCAGCGUCACGUCGGGGGCCCAGGGUGCCGUGCUGUCUCCUUGUCAUCGCCAGAGUCCCAACAUGGCGGCUAGCAGCAGCAGCUGUAGCAGCCCUCACCUUUCCCAACAUCCCCCUGGUUCUUUCUCCCCUGUAGCUGGCCUCCACUCGCCGGCGUCCAUAUGCAGCAGCACGGGAAAUGGCCAAGGGUUCAACUCCCUUAGUGCACUGCAGGCCCUCACUCAGGGCCACAGGGUUUCCCAGACGCUCACUGAGGGACAGCAUCCAGAGUCACCUGACAGAAAGUCAGCUGGCCUUCAGAGCCCUCUUCAUGGCGGCAGCGCUGGUAGCCAACUGGCUAAGAAUAAUCCCAGCAUAGAGCCUGACUUAUUUGAAGCUUUUGGGGAUCAGCAAGGCUUGUUGUCCUCACAAAACCGGGACGAUGAGCAGGAAGAGGGGAGAGACGGUGACCCCGACGGCUUCGGAGGUGACGGAAGCUUAGGGGAGCUCGGCGACGCCUCGAAUCGCCUCCUGAACACAAAAGGGCACACUAAGCUGCUCCAGCUCCUCACCACCAAACUAGAACCCUCCGACCCCUGCUCACCGCUGCGGUCCAUGGGCGACGACCAGGACUGUAAGGACCAGCUGGCUGGGCUCGGGGGUGUGGUCGGCGCUGGGCACAACAACCACUCCACCUCAUUAAAGGAGAAACACAAAAUUCUCCACAGGUUGCUGCAGAACAGCGCCUCGCCCGUGGAGUUGGCCAAGCUGACGGCCGAGGCCACCGGAAAAGACCCCAUCGGUCCAGAGUCGGCUUCGGGGGACAGCAUCGCCGCCCUGGGUGAACUCUGCCCAAAACAGGAGCCUGGAAGCCCCAAGAAGAAGGACAAUGCGUUGCUGCGCUAUCUGUUGGACAGAGAUGAUAACACCAUCCUGGAUAAAGCCAUCAAGAUGGAGCCUGGCGAUGGACCGAAACUGUCCAGCAUCAAGACGGAGAAACAGGAAGCGGGUUUCAACAUUGCGGACCAGACCAGCGAGUUGGAGGACCUCCUGGAGGACCUGCAGAGUGGCGGCCAGCAGCAGCAGCAGCAGCUGUUCGGGGGCCAGCCGCCAGUCAGAAGACCGGCCUCCUCCUCCUCCACGUCCGCACCUUCUUCUGUGCCGCCCGGUUCCUCUGUGGACAAACAGACCAUCAUCGGCAACAUCCUGCAGAUGACAGACAGCAACAGCAGCAGCAGCAGCAGCCCUCCCAACCAGCACAGAGCCUUCCCUCCCAUCGGCGCUGCAGGCUUUAACAGUGCCAGGCCGGGCCAACCAGGUCGAGGUGUUCCUCCAGCCCGGAGCACGUCUCUGGAGAACAGUAUGGGCCCCAACCCCAACGCUGGCAGGCCGUUUCCUCCUCAGCACAGGAACAACGGCCCUUACUCCAUGAUGCAGCAGCAAGGCAUGAUGGGAACUCACGCUGGCAUGGCCAACCAGGCUGUGAUGGCCAAUCCAGGCAUGCUGAAUAACGGCCCAAUGCGGGGCCCCAUGCAGCAGGGCUGGGGUCCUCAGGGCCACAUGGGUGCCACGGCAGGGUCGAUUAUGGGAGGCCAGGGUGUUGGACCGGGUCGCAUGGUCCCCAACAUGAACACUGCUCUGUCCUCCAGAUCGAGAGCCGCCAUGGUCAACAUGCAGAUGAUGGGCAACGAGAUGGAGAUGGCAAACCCGGCCUACCCUCAGCAACAUGCUCCGCCCAAUCAGACUGCCCCAUGGCCAGACCGGAUGAUGACCAUGGAUCACUAUGAAAACCAAAGCAGGCCAUCGUAUGGCGGGCCCCAGGGGGACGGGAUGGGGUGCUGCGGCACAGGGCCUGAGGGCCAGCCAGAUGAAGGAGCCCUGCUGAGGCAGCUGUGCUCGGUGCUGAAGGACUACGAGGGUCUGGAGGAGAUCGACAAGAUGCUGGGAAUCCCCACGUUGGCUGGACAGGGUCCUCUGUCAGACCAGGACCAGUACCUCGGCUCCUCAGACCCGACGGCCAACAUGAAGCCCCUCAUGUACAGUCAACACUACGGUGGACAGCCGGGCUAUGGCGGCAUGCCUCCUGAUGGAGGGUUCCACGGCCCCGCCAUGAGCGGCCACAUGGGGCCACAGAGGAUGCCGCCCGCCGGUUACCCCCCGAUGAUGAGGAUGCCUGGAAACCCGGGACCCAGGCCGGUCGGGAUGAGGCCAGGGUUGCCUAAUCCAGGAGUGCCUCAACCCAACAACCUGAGGCUGCAGCUGCAGCACCGACUCCAGGCCCAGCUGAACCGCCAGCCGAUGGUGAACCAGAUGAGUGCAGUGUCCAAUAUGAAUCUACCUCUAAGGUCUAAUGUACCAAACCAGGGAACCCUCAACGCCCAGAUGCUGGCCCAGCGUCAGCGUGAGUACCUCAGCAACCACCUACGCCAACGGCAACAGCAGCAGCAGCAACACGUGCACCAGCAGCGUGCCAUGAUGAUGCGGAACCAGGGCAUCAACAUGCCCAGCGGGGGCGCCGCGCCCACGCCGAUGCCCACAGGCGGCACCAACCCGCGGCUCCCGCAGGGCAACCCGCAACAGUUCCCCUACCCGGCCUCCAGCUACGGUACCGGCCUGCCCUCUCCUCCUCCGCCUCCUCCUCCUCAUCCCGGCUCCUCCAGCCCCUUCUCCUCCCCCCUCUCCCCCAGCCAUCAUCUGGCUAGCCAGGGCAUGAUGGGAAAUGUGGGCGGGCAGUACAGCGGGGUAAUGAGUCCACCAUCACAGCACAGUGCCUUCCAGUACGGCAGCUCAGGAAUGAGCCAGCAGCAGCAACACCAGGACCCGGUGUCAGGUUUUUCAUGUGGGGCUGCGACCCCGCAGAGCCCGCUGCUGUCCCCCAGGAUGGCGCAGCAGGGUCAAAGCCCCAUGCUGCAGCAGAACCAGGGCCAAACCCAUCCCCAGGGUCCAAACCAGGGCGGUGCACCGGGCUACCAGGCGAGCACUGACCUCAACGGAUGGCCCCAAUCCGCCAACAUCUCCACCAGCAACAGUGUGUACCCCCAACAGUCCCAGUCACAAUACUCCACACAAGCCAACGGAGGAAUGUACAACAGCAACAACAACAUGAACCUGGGCAACAUGAACCAGAUGCCAGGACAGAUGAGCUCCAUGGCCGCCAUGAAUACUGAGCAGGUGAGUGACAGCAGCCUGAUCCUGGGCCAGCUGGCUGGGAUUGACAUGUUGACACAAGAGGGUGAAGCCAAUUCUAAUUUCUGCUGACCCCGGCUGUGGCUGAGAAAAGGUAACACAGGACAACCCACGU